AUGGCCUCGACCUCUAAGGCCAUUGACGGGUUAGCUGAUGUUCGCCGAGAGUCUGGUCUUCACUUGAUCAAUCGAGUUAAGCAAACAACGGACCCACCGGGCGAUUCGUUUAUCCAAGACUUCGACUCCCAUAUCAUCAGAGCAUUCCCCAAACUCGAGCAGACUCUCCCAAAAUCAUCCUGGGCGCGUGGUGACAUUAUUGAGAUUCAGGGACCGGCCGCAAGCGGCAAAACCCACUUGCUUUACUUCUGGGCUAUGACAUGCGUACUUCCUUAUCGAAUGGAUGUGAACUUGGAAGGCUAUCAAGAGAAAAAAGAUGUGCUUAUUGGUGGGCGAAACAGAUCUGUCAUUGUAUGCGACUGCGAUGGGCGAUGGAGUCCGCGUCGCCUAAACGCCAUCAUUAGUUCAUACCUACGAGACCGACUUGGUACCAUCCUCCCUCAAGAUACUCCCGAAUCAUACGAUCGUAUAAUAUCCCAGGCUGUUAUAAACGCACUGAAGCGGGUCCACCUGUUUCGACCUGAUUCUACACUCUCGCUCGCGACUACGCUGAUGGCAAUACCUACAUACCAUCGCACAGGUAUGGCAGACGAACAGAUCGGGAUGCUAAUGGUCGACGGGAUUAGUAGCUUCUACUGGUCCGACCGUUGGCUUUCUGAGCAGAUCGAGAACGAGCCUGCAGAAGUCCAAACUGCGGCGCCACAGCCUCCCCCACCUCCACCGCUGCGAUCAGACGCGAACCCAUUACGCCAUGUGCUCACAGUAAUUCUCAACCUACGUCGUUCUCUCGGGUUGGUUGCGUUGCUCACAAACUGGGGUCUUGCGGCGCUCGACUCACAAGUUCCUCCUUCGACUGUGUACUUUCGUCAGCAUUUGCGUGCACCGUACCCAUCGCCGUUCGAGUCUGAGCCGCGGGCGAGUAAAUUCUCUCUCACACACCAUAUCACAAUUCCUUUACAAGGACCCGAGCCGUUAAGAGAUGACGUAUUACCAGAAGAUGAGACUGGGGACCAGGAACGUGAGGAUCAAGCUGAGAGAUCACGGGCGAUGGCCAGAACGAUCGGCAAACGACCUGGAGAGGCACGGACGGUUAUAGAAUCUGAGCUUGAGUUUACGGUCACCGAGAGCGGUAUCUCUGUAUCAUAG